AUCUCCAGAGGAAAAUUUUGAGGAGUGUUGUAUUGAGGAAAUGUCGGAAGAUGUAACUUUGAGGAUAAAAUCUUUACCCACUCCAAAAAGUUUAUUAAUGCCUCCAAAGUCGAGAGCAACUGACGUGGCCAGGAGCAAAAGAGACAUUUCCUCUAAGAUGCUGGAUUUGAUUGUCAAUCAAAAGUUCAACGGAUCUUGGGAGUUAACAGACAAACUUUCACAAAUAUUCAACAAAUCACGGGAUGAAAUAAAAGCAUCUGCUGUGGUACAGGAUGUCAGUGUUUGGACAACAGCUCUUGGAAUUGCAUUUUUGAGAAAAUAUUUCUUAAAACAAAGAGAGGAAUGGGUGAUAAUCGAGGAGAAAGCAUUGAACUGGUUGAAAACCAGAGAUGUUGAAGGCAAAGAUGUCGUACAGGAAGCCAUGAAAUUUUUAUCAACAUAAAUCAUUUUGUAACUUCAGUACUAUUCUUGUCCUUUUUAAUCAAAUUCUUAACUCAUACAUGAUACUAGUACAAUAUUUAGGAAUUAACCCUUUUGUAAUUCAGCCGUCGCCAUAUAUAUAUAUACGAUACAUAUAAAAUGCUUCCUGUCAAUUAUAUUGAUAGUCCUAGAAUGUAGAGCAGUAUGAUUAAUUUAAGGCAUAUGGUCCUUUUGGGCCUGGUCGUUUGCAUGUAUUUACAUAGUAACACAUUAAACUUGUGUAUUUGAUUAAUCGUUAAUGACAUCCAGUAUGUUAGUAAAAAAUAUAGUUAAUUUUUUAAUCUUAUUUAUUUAAUAUUAAAACAUACAGUUGUGAUUUUGAAAAUGGACACUAUUUUGCGUUCUCAAAUAUAAGAUGGUUACCGAAAGAGUACGGAUAAAAGGUGGCCUGUGUAAAUGAAUUUGAAAAAUGUUAAGGUGUAGCAUAUUGAUAAACCGUUUUUCGGCAUCCAACCACCCAUUGAUAGGAGUUAAAGAUAAACAAUAAAAGUCAUCAAACUGUGUCAAAUCAACUACAUGCAACCAAAUAUUGACAAGUGUCUCAGAUUUCUGUGAAAACUUUUAUCAAUUUGUUGAGUAAAAAUCGUAAAGUUGGGUAUUGGUGGAAUAUGUUUACUAUUUGCAAAUACAUGAGUCAUCAUACAUUUUGAAAUUGCACUUUAGUUAAUGGUAGUUAAAAGAGAAAUUAACUUAAUUGAUUUUAUUUUGAUUUCUUAGUAUAAACAGUUGAUAUUUAUUUCCAUUAAUACGUAAAUACAUGUUAUUUUCAAUAUUUUCAAUAUGGAAAACCGUACAGGUACCCCUCCCCCCACAUUAUUAUAAGUAUACCAAAAAUUAAAAUGGCAUCCAAAAAUAAAAUUCCUGCUUUUUUACAUUUUUUUUUCACGCAACAAUUAUAAUUUCAGCUUGUCUGUCCUAUGGAAAUCUCAAGUCAUGUUCUAAAUACAUCAUUGUAUUUCAAUCCCGACAGGUUGGGAUUACACUACAGGCCCGUAGGAAGCAAUUUCACCUUGAGAGGGCACGACCAUACAUUUUCAGUUGGGUUUCAGUUCAACUACCAGAAUUCCUUUACAAGCAAAAAUAAAAAAAGGUCAUCAGACGUUAUUAUUGAGGGGCACAAGCAUAUAGUAGCACAGUUGCUAUGUUUUCUAUAUAUGUAGUAUUCUAUAUAUUGGCAAAACUAUUGGGGACACCCCCCCCCCCCCCGUGCUCCCCGCCCCUAUGGCCAGGUAGAAUCCUUGUUAAGUCAGGAUUGCAAACAAGACCAAUCCAUGAUUUUCAACCCUGGUACACAUGUACAUCCAAUCUUGACCGGUCAGGUUUUGAUUUCAAUCCUGGUCAAUAACACGACCAUCCAAUCCUGGAUGUAAAUUAUAUAACAUUUCAUGUAAAUUUAAUCGUCAGUUAAAGUAUUACUGGCACCAAUUUAGUUAUAAACUUUUCCUUCACGUGCACCCUAUUGAUAUGGCUACUCAACUCGAUUAAAGAUUUUACCCACUAAAUUUUUGGACCCCAAAAUGUCGAUAUACUUGUCGAUUUAUUUUUAAAAAUGACCGGUUACAGUUAUUACUGUUCCUUAGUCCUUUGAGAAAAUUAAAAAAAUGCAAUAUACAUCUAAAUUGUG